GUCAGCGAAACGUAGCCACAUUCGUGUCGAUCGAAAACGGCGAUACAUACGCGAGUGCAUCGAGGAAUUUUUGAGCCCACGAUUCCCCAGUCUUACCGGAUGCUCGAGCGUGACGUAUGAGGUUCUUCCCCGAGUAGCGUAGUCCUUGCGCGUCUAGCGGAACGGCUUCACGUUUUUUCGAUGAGCAUAUUGUGUUCGCGCGACGAGACUCUUCCCCGACACUUUCGGUAGCUAGGUUAAAAUCGUUUAUAUACGUCACGGUGCGGCGCCAUGUUCGAACAGUACGAUUCGAGCGGGCGAUCCGAUAUAUUUAAAAUUUGAACGGGAUCGAGAGAGGUGAAGAAAAGUGCGCGAGAACGAGGCAAGCGAGCUUAAUCGACAAAUUUGUGAAUCGACGUUCAAACGUCAAAUGUCUAAUGUCAAACGUCAAACGUCAAAAGUGUAACGCGACAUUCGAGAAUCAUAUUACAAUGUGCGUGUUGCUUUGUGUUCGUAUAUAACGUAUAUUCAGUACUGUUAUCGUGCUCAGAAAGAAAAGUAAUCGGUAGAGAUUAUAGGGAAACAACAAAGAGAUUAUCUCCUGUGCAACGUUAUCGUCGAACGUGAGCUUUUUUUAAGAGAGAUUUCUUGAUUUUACGAUGGAAUCCGCAGCGGUUUCGGUCCUGAAACGAGCAGUGGAGAUGGAUAAGCAGGAAAAAUUUACAAUGGCGUUGGUUUUGUAUCAGGAAGGCGUGCAGAUACUCCUCGACGCUGUAAAAGAGACAAAGGAAACUUACAAGGUGGAGUACCUCACGACCAAGGCGAAGGAGUAUCUGGACAGAGCCGAGAAGGUGAAGAAGCUCAUCACCACGAGGAAAUCGGCCGGCAUAUACAGGGAAUUGAGUAAGAUCGAGAAUGGAUCCAUAGGACAUGGUUACGCGAGUAUCUUCGGCAGAUUCCUGGACGGCACCGUCACGUACAUCAACAUCGAGGAUCCGUAUAUACGAGCCUUUCACCAGUGUCAGAAUCUGGUUAGACUAUGCGAGCUGGCUGUUCAAAAAUGCUGCGCAUUAUCCAGGAUAUCUCUGCUUACAACUUAUGAUCCUAACCACAUGGAGGAAGCUAACCAAAUUACUAGAUUGGCUGAAUUGAAAGAAAGUUUAGCACUUCGCAAGAUCUCCUUUGAUUUUUCCUUUUCUGAAACGUUGCACGACAGGCAAAUUACAUUGAGUAACGGAUGGGUGAUAAAAAUCGGACGUGGAUUAGACUAUUUUAAAGCACCAGAGGGCAAAUUUGUACUUGGAUCAUGUGAUCUAGAAUUAAGGCCAUGCUUGGAGACUACCAUAGACAUUUUUCAUAAGAAUCAGCUUCAAAAUGAGACAAGAUAGAGUUUAACAUCAAUUGAUAAUAAGAAUAUGGUUAAUACUUUUUUAUAUAAUUUUCAUGAAUGUAUUUUAUAUAUGUAUUUUAUAUAUGUAUAUACAUUUAUUAUGGCACAUUUAGUAUGUGAUGAUGAUAAUACAGCUCCAUUUUUACAAUAUAUAUUCUUAUCCCUGCGAUAUUUAAUAUACGA